GUCCUGAGCCAGGAAGGCUAGACUAUAAGGUAGACAGCACACGGAUGUGGACUUACUUUCAAAGCCCUACAAAGAAAAAGAAAAAAAGCCAUGUAAAACUCAGAACCAGGCUUCAGACGAAGAGCGUUUGAUAAGAUUGCAGGCUUGAGCAGCAUUAGAUGCAGUGAGAGAAAGGGGGCAGAAGAAGAAGAAGGAGAGGAGGAGAAGGAGGAGGAAGAAGAAGAGGAGGAGGAUGGAGAGAUCAGAAGCGGGUGAGAUGCUCCUGCGUAACGCGAGCGCUGUCUGUCCUUGAGCGCACAUGCAGGACGGAAACUAAACCGAAACAUUAAGCUGAACAAUAUUUAACACGCACACGCACGCACACACACACACACACACAUUUUAUAUGGAAGAGGAUUUGUGCUGCAGAUUUGCGCAGAGAAUUUGAGUGCUCCUGGGAAGGGAUUACGCAUUAUCUGAAGUUCAUCCCGAUGACAGAAGAAGAGAUGUCUUGCUUUCAAUACGAGCUCAAAUCGUGGAACAGAGCGCGCGUGCUCGGAGACAACGUCUCACAAGACAGAAAGUGAAAAUGAAGCAGCUCGAGCGCCGCUCGGAAAUCUGACGGACGUCAACAUCGGAAAUUUUACAGCAAGCCUUUCAAAGUAAAUGGACCGGCCUCACAUCCAGUUUCCAUCAACGGGACACCUUGUUCAGAGACGAGUAAAGUGCCGAGAGACAAGAUCCUGAGUUAGGAAAGCACAAUGCAUUUUUUUUAAUGACAUUCAAAUAUUUCAUGUUUAUUCUGGCUUCUGGAUAAAGCAUGAAUAAAGAAAACCAUAUGGACUUUACACAGGUGAAGAGAUGUCUUCACCAGCUGUCGGAUUUCUGAGCCAAAUUCCCAGGUUUAUAAAUUCAGAAGUAAACUUUUUAGAAGUGACUUUUCGAUCCUAAACCACAAGAACAGUCCAAACCCACUUUCCUUCGUUUUCUUAAACGAUAGACCUCGCUUAGAAAGAGAACAAGUGAAUACGCAGUGGAUGAUUGACCAGCGAAUCAACUAUGAAAACGUCUUGGUGUCGAUGCUGACAGGCUCCACCCCUUUCACUCGCUUGCCCCACCCCAAACUCCCGGUCCUAGUCCAUCCUAACGCUCCACACCAUGCUCCUCCUGAUCUGCCUGUUCCUGCACUGUGUGCUCACUUCUCUGGGCCAGUAUGACAUCUGUAAGUCGCUGGUGAGCACGGAUGAUGGGCCCACGUGGGAGUAUUAUGCAUGUCAGCCCCGACCCGCCACCAUGAAGGACUUCAUGCAGAUCCGAGUGGAGCCGCCGGACAUCACGUGCGGAGACCCACCUGAGCGCUUCUGCACCCUGGAAAAUCCGUACCUGUGUAGCGACGAAUGUGACGCAUCCACUCCGGACCUGGCCCACCCGCCUCAGCUGAUGCAGGACCGUGAACACACUGGCCUCAUCACCUACUGGCAAACGGUGACAUGGAGCCGCUUCCCAGAUCCGCUGCUGGCCAACAUCACACUGUCAUGGAACAAGAGCCUGGAGGUGACGGACGACAUCGAGAUCACCUUUGAGUAUGGCCGACCCACCAUCAUGGUGCUGGAGAAGUCGAUGGACAAAGGCCGAACCUGGCAUCCAUACCAGUACUAUGCUGACGACUGCAUGGAAGCGUUUGGUAUGCAGCCCAAGAGGGUGGAGAACCUUUCAGCAACCAAUGUGACUCGGGUCAUCUGCACCGAGCAGUACUCGCGCUGGGUGGGCUCCAAGAACGAGAAGAUUGUGCGCUUUGAGGUUCGGGAUCGCUUUGCCAUUUUUGCAGGGCCCAGGUUGCUCAAAAUGGACAACCUGUACACACGCAUGGAGAGCUUGAAAGGUUUGAGAGAUUUCUUCACGUUCACUGACUUGAAGCUACGGCUGCUGAGGCCUGCGCUUGGAGGAACGUACGUGCAGAGGGACAACCUGCUCAAGUACUUCUACGCCAUCUCUAAUAUUGAGGUCCUCGCCAGGUGUAAGUGUAACCUUCAUGCAGGACAGUGCACGUUCCGCGACGGCAGCCUCCAGUGUGACUGCGAGCACAACACCACGGGGCAAGACUGCGCUCGCUGCGAACGAGGCUUCAAGGCCAAGUCGUGGAAGCCCGGCUCGUACCUGCCUACUCCCAAUGGAUCACCCAACACCUGUGAGGCGGCAGGGACUCUCGGCAACUGUGAGUGCUAUGGUCACUCAAACCGCUGCAGCUAUAUUGACUUUAUCAACAUUGUAACUUGUGUAAGCUGCAAACACAACACUAGAGGGCAGAACUGCCAGCACUGUCGCCUUGGAUACUUCAGGAACGCUUCGGCCGAGCUGGAUGAUGAGAAUGUUUGUAUAGAGUGUAAUUGCAAUCAGCUGGGCUCUUUACAUGCUCGCUGCAACGAGACAGGUUUCUGCCAGUGUCGAGAAGGCACCACGGGCCAGAAGUGCGAAGACUGUCUGCCUGGAUACAACUGGAAACAAGGCUGUGUCCAGAACAUCUGCGAUGACGAGCUUCUGCUCUGUCUGAAUGGUGGGACGUGUGUCCAGAACCAGAAGUGCGUUUGUCCACCUGACUUCAAGGGCGUCCUGUGUGAGCAGGAGCGCUGCGAUGGUGAGAAAGUCUGCAACGGCGGUCCUGCCUGCUACCUCAGCUUCCUGACUGUGCUGCUCUGUUUCCUCGCCAACAGCGUCCUCAAAGCCAGUGCCUAGUGCUCUAGUGCUCGCCUCGGUCCUAAACCUCGGCCCUAGGCCUCAGUCCCGCUCUGUCAGCCUGCCUCGGACUGAACCAUGCGGACAGAGGAGGGGUCGCUGCAGCUCCUGUAGCCCUGAGCAGGCCUCAUGGUGCUGAGAUCUUCUGGGCCGGAGUAUGUUUUUAGGGCAGGGCGCAGUCCCAGGUUAUAAUCGCCUUCACACAGAUGAGAAGCUGCUUGCUCAUCUCCUUGCAUCCCUGAACGUCUGAGCAGAAAGAAGUAUGAACCAUGAGACAAAAUGAAAUAAGAAACAGUAAAUCACUCUAAAGAAAAGUGUAUAUAUCUCUCUAUAUAUACACACAUAUAUAUAUAGAAGAUGCAUAUAUAAUUAUUGUUUAUUUUUCUUUGUUUGUCACUCUUGUAGUUGUGAGUUGUCACUAAGCUCACUGAGAUUCAGGCACUGCACUUAUCUGGGGUUUCUGAACAGCGGUGUUUAUUACACAAGCCUUCUCAGGCCAAGGUUAUUUACACUUCUUCUGAAAAUUUCUUUCGAAAAUACUUUCCGCAUUUUCCUUUGGUGUCUGUUUUCACACAGCUGAACCUGAAUAGACAUGAUGGAAAGGUGUUGCGUGUUUGUGCUGCUAAAAGAGAGAAUAUCGGUGUAGUUCGAGAUGUUUAUGUAGGGAAUCCAGAAGGAGGUAAGUAUUAACAUAUACAAUAUGCCCGGAUUUGAAAAUCUUUUAUCUAUCUAUCUGAAAGAGAACGCAUCAAUUAUUGUAAAUGAAUUGAAUGUUCCUUCAUUAUUUUUUUGUAGAAAAUUAUUUUUCUUCCGAGUAAAUGUUAUAAAGAUAUAACAAAGCCUUUUAUUGCAGUUCAGACUGAAAUAAUCACAUCAGCACAUUUAUUUCAUAACAUAAUUCUUCUGAUGCUUUGGAAUGUUCCUCCACUUAUACCAUUAUAGCGUAUAUAGGGAAAUAAAGCUGAUUGGAUUAACAAGGUACCCAGCUUUAGCUCCGUUUAAGCCUCACACAUGGAGGCCAGCAUGCAUAGAUCAUGUACACCUGGUCCUCCUGAUAAACUUCCAAGAGUCGUCAUUAUUCAAUCCAGCCGUCAUUGAUUGAUUGGUCACAUCACUGCUGUAACCAUAGCUCAAAAGCCAAAAACAACAACCCGUAACCAACAACAUUAGAUUAUCUGACAAAUGAAUAACAGCAACAGCACAAUGAUAAGAUCAAAGCUGUGCUAUGAGUAAAGCGAUGAGACUGUUAGGUGAUUGAUUAGCUUGGUUGAGUAAAGGCCCUCAUUCUGUCGCCAUGUUUUUAACAUGACAUUAUAAACAGGACGUGUGAUACGGUUAUCAUCUCAGUCAACGUCAGUCUAUAUCACUGUGGUAACAAAAAUGGAUUCGAGUAUUACAAUGUGUUAGUGACACGUGCACCAAGUCGGGCUGCUGUAAAUGAAGGUAAACAGAAGUUGUUGUAUUUUCACACCUUUACAGGCUUUGCUUUUGGGCUUUCCUGAUCAUGAUGGAACAACUAGCUGACUGAAAGUGUACUGUCAGCAUUCCAAAGAAUAAAAUCUUGACAAUCAGAAAGCACACAUCAAGUGGUGAAUGUUCUUUCUUUUAAACCCUGACACAUUACAAACAGACCAUUCAUCUAUCUGUCAUUGUAAGCUAUGGAUUUGAUUUAUGA